AUGAGCACGGACAAGAGCUAUGAUUGCGCAGCAAACAUCUGGUGGAUAAACUUCCGCUGGUCUCCUACACCGAAGGUUCCCCUCAGCAUUGAGUCCGUCAAGCGGCUGCAGCGAUCGCAUUUUGCCCAGCCACGGCGUAUGGACAAGGGUGUCAAGGUUGCUGUGGGUUCGGAUUUGGCCCUGAACUUCGGGAACCUUCGCUGCAUCUCCCCAGAGGAGAUGCUGCACGCAAUGCUCUUUGCAGUCAGAGAUGCCAUUGUUUCUGGGGCCGACGAGGCAGUCCUGAGGACAGUUGUUAAGAGGGCUCGCUGGGUUGGCAGGUUCAUGUUGUGGUAUACCACCGAGCGAUGCUUCAAUCCUUCCUUUGAGUGCAGGAGAUGGAAGACCAUCAUGCUCAGCACGACAAUCGUGUUUGAGCUCCAUGACAGCAUGCAGUCCAUCUUCUUCAAAGGAGUCAAUCUGCGAAAUGAGAUCGUGUCAGAGUAUGAUGCGCUGGUGCGUUCGGCAACGCAGCGGGUGUAUGAGCUCAUGACUUUCCGAGCGCAGCUUCUGCAAGGAGGAUGGGAGCUCGCCGGGAGAUCCGAAAAGAGGAAGGCGAUCAGUGACGAGGAUUUGUUCCAGGAGUGGUCGCGGCAUGGGAAAGAGGGCGAGUCAAAAUCAGCCGAGCAAGUGACUUUGAACUUCGUCCAGGUUGCCGUGACGGUGUACGAGAAGAUUUUGAGCCAAGGUUGCCUUCGGGACAUGGUCCUGAAGAUUGACUCGACCUAUGACAAGCAGAGCCCGUUUACUUUCAUCACCAACCUGGACCUUGUGGCGGGCAGGACCAAGUCGGUCGAGCAGGGUGCGUGGAUGCUGCGCUCGAUAGAGCACAUGCUCGUCACGGAGCAGUGCACGCCGAAAGACUUCAGCAAGCGAACACUGGCCCCGGCAAAGCAGAAAGGGCUGCUGGAUCUCAUGCUCUUCAAAAUGGACCUGCUGCGGCACCUGAUGCAGUCUGUCUUGCCGGCCAUGGUGCUGCCUGGCACGCAAAAGGAGAGCCUCGCCAGGCUCGACAGUCAUCAGACAUGGCGGGACAACACCAAGAAUCUCGCUUGGACCGGUGCCCUGCAGGAGAGCGGCCGAUUGUUCUUCACCGUGCUUCAGACCAUUAUUUAUGGCACUGCAGUCGAUGGCGGGCUGAGGACCACGUUGAAGGCCACGUCCGACGUCACUGAGUUUCUCCAGCAGAACAACGUCGUCAACGACUCCAUUGAGGAGGUGCUGGCCAAGAACAGGCAGGAGGUGGGCAAGCCUACUGAUCAAGAGGGCGACCGGAAUGACCCGUCACGGCCGGUGGCUGUCGUGAUCACAGGUAACGUCAGCUUGACCGAUCUCGUGAGCCAGCAGCAGAUCGAGAAAUGCAGCGGCACGGAAGGUCAGAGUGAGAGCCUCGACCAGUGGUUCGCGUACCUCAACACCAAGUUCGAGCAGUUCGUUAGCCUUGUUGUCGAUGCCGGCACUGCAACGAUGUCAACGACGGAGCUCAGCAAUUUGCUGAGCGCCACCAUCCUGAAGGACGUGACAGGGCCCGUGCUCAUGAUCUACGACUCGAAGAGUUCCGGCGAGGCAUCAAGUCAUGCGGCCCUGAGGCUUCCACCCUUCAGGGCAGGCCACUUCAAGCGCAUGAUCCAGGCGUUCGUGAGGGGGCGGGGUGCAGAGCCGUCCGAAGGCGGUGAAAUGGCUGAGGAGCUGCGGCCGAACGACAUGGUGUUGUUAUUGGAUGGAGGGAGACCAGGGAAUGAGGCCGCGGCCCAAGCCUCUUUUGUGAAGGGUGACGGAUCUUUCAUGACGAAGCAAAAACUCGCCUACAUGCUCUACAGCGAUGAAGAGUCGUUUGGUGAGCGCCGCGACCGCAUCAGGGGCUUCAUCCAGCAGGCCGAAGGUGCGCAUCUCUACACACGGUCUGGGCCACAAUUCCAGAAAAAAGACCGCAAACACUUCAAAGGCACGAACAAGGGCCAGGUGAUGGGGCCCAUCCGGAUGCUUCCAUGGACGGAUGAUGCCUGCUGGAGGCUGCCGCCUGACCAGAAGAAGCGGGUCUAUGGGAAGGAGCACAUCGUGCUGGUCGGCGGUGCGGUGCCGGAGGAGUUGGGGGACGCUAAGAUCAUUGCCUUUGACGACCACAUGGAGCCCGUGUUCUACCACUUCAACAACCCGCUGGUCUACGCCGAGUUUCUCCACAGCUACAAGCCCUCCGCUGUGGUUCGUGCUCCGGAAUCAGAUCACAACAUGGCCAUUGAAUGCAUCAAGCAUCAGGUGCCACUGAUUUCGAUUUGCCUCUCGAGCGCCCAUGCCGACUUGCUCAAAAACCAUAUUUUGAAGAAGAUGUGGCAAGAGUUCCUCGAUGAGAACAGCGAUCUGUAUGAGGGCGGAUACGUCCUGGAAAACCAGGACCGACAUGAACUAAGGGCCAAGCUCCUGCAGCCUGAUGCUGCGGCGGCCAAGGGAAAGGCCAAGGCAAAGGCGACCAACAGGAAGCGCAAGUUGGACGGGGAGGACGAUGCCGAGGCUGACGUUGCCAAGAAGGGUGCCGGUGCCGAGGGCGGUGCCGGGGGCGGAAGCGGCGAUGCCACGGGCGGGGAGAACAAGCCGAAGGCUGUGCCCAAGCCCAAGGCGAACCCUGGUGGGAGGCCGGGGGGGGACAGUGCCGCGGAGCAGGCCCGCCAGGCUCUGCUAAAGAGGCUGCAAGGGGCCAUGCCGGGUGCAAGCUGA